AUGGCACUGUUCAAGCAGGACAUGUCACUCCUGUCCGGUCCAACCGUGAUCAGCGGCAGCUCCAACGCAGGCUCUACAUGUCAAUCUGCGAUUGGCGUUCGAGCUGUGUACCCACUCAACAGUAGCCAGGAAGGCAUCUGGGUCGAAUAUGUCACAGAUCCCCUGAGCACCAAAUACAACCUGACACUGGAGUGGGACCUUUCAAACGGCGAGAGAUCAUGGGAUUCAACCUCAACAGUCUUCAGUGCGAUCCGAAGGCUUACAGAGCGCCAUUCGGUGUUGCGUUCUGUCAUAUCCGUGCUCGACGGCAAGGCUCACGUUGAAGAACACGACCCCCAAGCCGCCGAGCCGGUAGUUCGCAUAGUCUUCUGCGAGUCGUCUUCCGUCACCGAAAGCUCAGUCACGACGAUACUUCGUCAACCAUUCAAUCUUCGAGAAGAAUACCCGGCAAGAUGGGUCGUACUACAGGAUGCAUCGACAUAUCGGGUGUUCCUUGUGGGACACCACAUUGCGGUGGAUGGAGGAUCGAUGAGCAUCUUGUCUCAGGAGUUCUUGGAGUUGAUGGAGAAUCGCAAUGCCAAUCUGCCGUUGCCUGUCGACUUCAGCAGAAUGCACCUUUUUGAGCGCGCAUGGAGGCGCACACCGGUGUAUAAAGCCAACGAGUCUUUCUUCAUGGGCCAGGUACGGAACCAGAGACAGGCUGGUAGCAUCGCAGAAAGACAAAGUGGCAGGGCCACUGGCUCCGAGGAGUACCGGAUGAUCCAAUCGUGGUCAACGUUCUCGAAGAAGGACCUCGAGGAAUGGGGCUCGUCCUAUAGAACAUCGUGGUUCCGAAUCGCAGUGUCGCUCGUCGGACUCCUCGUCAUGGACCAAACCAGACCCCCUCUCGGCGAAGACGAAGUCCUUGCCGUCGCCUUCGCAGGCCGUCCAAAAGACUUCCAACGCUGCGUCGGCCAGUUUGCCAACGCUCUUCCCAUCCAAGUCCCCCUCUGGAAAUGCCUGCUCGAGUCACCGCAGAGCACGCUGCAGUCGCUGGUCAAAGCCGUGUCCAGUAAUGUCAGCCAGGCUAAGCGAGCAGAGUUGUUCCCGCCAAUUGAGGUGGCCAGAUGCAGCCGCUCUCAUAACAUCCAGUACCAGCCCCCGAAAGUAGCGGUGACAUACUCGCCCAAGCUUGCACGGCAGGAGUGCCAAUUGUUCCCCGUCGAGGGAGCAUGGGAUCUGUUCUUCUGCUUCUUGGAGUACGAGAAUGAUGUGAAGCUCGGAGUCAUAUACGAUCCGUCUCUAUUCUCAGAAUCCGUCCUCGGCAGCAUGAGGAGCCAGUUUGAGUCACUGAUCGAGCUCAGCAAAUCCCCCACCACGAAACUUACGGACACGCUUCCUUGGAUACCAGCUCAUCCAUCGGUGCCGAGAUCGCUGGCGGAUGAAAGCCUGGGCCGACCCCAUCGCCAUGUUCAUCACUGGUUUGAUGCACAUGCUGAACUGAACCCGAAUAAGAUUGCACUGUUCUCAGCCGAGCUGAAGACAUCUGUUACGUACGGCGAACUGUAUGAGUCUUCAGAAGAGAAGUCCAUAUUGCUGCGGCGUAAGGGUGUCUGUCCUGGUGACACUGUCGUCAUCAACCUCCAACGUGGUCUCCAUGUCAUUGAUUGGAUCCUGGCAAUCCUCAAGGCAGGCGCUGCAUUUGUAUACUUGGAUCCAGAUUUGGCCGACGCUCGCCGUGAAGCGAUCAUGAACAACUGCCAACCGACACUGGUUGUUGAUGGGCAGUUUGAGGACAUGUCGUACAAUUGGGUGUUUGUCAAUGGCACUUCGGAUGAUGACGAUUCUACAUCUGAUGGCUCCACCUCUGACGCUGAGACAAAAUGGGCCACUCAAGAUAGCGAUCUAGCCUACAUCAUAUACACAUCAGGAUCAACUGGGGAGCCCAAGGGCGUGAUGGUGGAGCACGGAAACCUCUCCAGCUUCGUCAAUGCCACUAAGGACGUCUCCAAAGUCGGCUAUGGAGCACGAGUGUUGCAGCUCGCCUCCUUCUCAUUCGAUGCGUCGGUGCUGGAAUGGAGCAUGGCUCUCUGCACCGGCUCCUGCUUGUGCUUCGCCAAGCAUCCGAAGCAGCUUGUUGGUGACUACCUCGCCGACGUCAUUGAGCAGAACCAAGUCACCUUCAUGGAGAUCACACCCACUGCACUCGAGACCCUGCCGGUUACUCGAGACGUGGCAAGUCUGAGGCAGAUAUCAAUUGGUGGAGAGGCUGGCUCGAGGAAGCUUUUCGAAACCUGGCACUCGCGUGUUGACCUUGUCAAUGCGUACGGGCCAACUGAAGGAGCUAUCGCCGUCUGUUACGAAAAGAUUGACAAGGGGGAUUCCCUUCCUGAGAUCAUCUCCGCUGGCAAGGCGAACCCCGGAACGAAGAUUUACAUCUCAAAUGAUAGCUUCACCCGUAUACUUGGCUCUGGCCAGGAGGGUGAAGUCUGCUUUUCCGGAGACCAGGUUGUCAGAGGAUACCGCGGCAAGCCGGAGUUGACUGUUGAGAAAUUUAGACAACACCCCGCUAACGGCGUUCACAUGUACCGCACUGGUGACCGUGGAGUAUUGCUUGAAGACGGCUCACUUGUUCUGUUGGGCAGAAUGGACCGAGAGCUGAAGCUACGUGGGUUCCGCAUUGCGCCCGAAGAGAUUGAGAAGGCCAUCAUGGGCUCCGGUGCUGGCUUCACUGAGGCGUCAGUGCACCUGUCAGAUGACGGUCUGGCUUUGGAAGCAUUCGUAGCUCCUUUAAAUUCCUCUACUGAGGAUCUAUCGAGGGCUCUGAAGUCAAUGGUCCCUACUUACAUGGUUCCCGGCAUAUUCCACCAAGUGGAGAGUUUGCCCAAGAACGCCAGCGGCAAGAUUGACCACAAGUCCGUCCAUGCCUUGCGCGGAAGUCUCAAAGGCCCUGAAAUCAUGAAGAGGAAAGACAGCUUGCUUGAGUCAGAGGAAGACUCGGAUGACUACUACUCCGAUGUGCAGGGGUCAGGAGAAGAGGCCGCCGUUACGGAAAUUUGGCAGACUGUGCUUGGUUUCAGCAAACCCCCAAAGAACAAUGUCAAUUUCUUUGACAUCGGAGGUCACAGUCUUCUGGUUCCACGGCUCAACGAGAAGCUGCGGCAGCAAUUCCCACUGUCGACGUUCCGCAUGGUCGACCUAUUCCACCAGUCGACCAUCGAGCAGCAAGCAGCACUAGUCACCCCCUCCAAGAGCAUCUCCCAGCCCCGUCGCCGUCUCACAAAGUCCCGAAAGCGGCCAGCAGCCCCACUAACUCCGCCAUCCCCCCUCUCCGCCCCCGCUUCGGCACUCAACCGCAACACGAGCAUCACCACCACGCAGCCCACAAACCCCAACCAAACCGACGUCGCCAUCAUCGGCCUCUCCGGCCGCUUCCCCGGCGCACAGGACGCCGACGCCUUCUACGAGCAGCUGCUGCGCGGCUACAACGGCAUCACGCCGAGCGCUACCUGCCGCACCAAAACAACACUCCCCGGCAACAUCUGGGUACCGCAAGCCGGAACACUCUCCGACAUCGAAGCCUUCGACCACCGCUUCUUCAACCUCUCGGCCGAAGACGCGACGGACAUGGACCCGCAGCAGCGGCUGUUCCUGGAAGUCGCGCACGAGGCUUUGGCGGACGCCGGCAUUGCGACGACGACGCGCGAGGGGCGUGGUGUCAUGACGAACGCGACGCGGAUAGGGGUGUUUGUGGGGGCCGCGCAGCAUGCGUAUCAUUUGCAUACGGAGAGCGUGGUGAAAGAUGCGUUUGCGAGGGAGAAUCGCGGCUUUACGGCGCCGAGUUUGAGUGCGCGGACGGCGUAUCAUUUGAACCUGGCGGGGCCGAAUGUUACGGUGCAGACGAACUGCGCGAGUAGCACGGUGGCGUUGUCGCUGGCGAUGGAUGAGAUUGCGCUGGGCAGGUGCGAUGUUGCUGUUGUGGGUGGUGUGUCGGUGCAGCUGUUUGAUGGCGGUUACAUCACCCAACCCGGCCAGAUCUUCUCGGCCAAGGGCGAAUGCCGCCCCUUCGACAGCCGCGCCGAUGGCACCGUGCCGGCUGACGCGGUCGUCGCUGUCGUGCUCAAGCGCUUUUCUGACGCCGUGUCCGACCGCACGCCCAUGUAUGCCAAGGUGCUGGGCACGGGAAUUGGCUCGGACGGCGGUAUGGAGAAGGCUGGCUUCCAGGUGCCUAGUCCGAGAGGCCAGGCCGAGGUCAUCAAGCAAGCGUGGAAGAAGGUGGGGGUGCCAGUGGACAGGCUGGUGUAUUCAGAGCUUCACGGUAGUGGCACGCCGAUUGGAGACGCGCUGGAGUUGCAGGGGCUCACGCUUGCACUGAGAGAGCUCGGCCGCGCCGAUGACAAGCCAUGGACCGUUGGAUCUGUGAAGGGGAACAUCGGUAACACGCAGCAUGCUUCCGGCCUGGUAUCACUGGUCAAGCUCUGCAAAUCGAUGCAACGAGGCAUCAUCCCCGCAACCACCGGGCUCGAAAAGCCCAACCAGAUGAUUGACCCCUCCCUUCCCAUCCGCUUCGCCGUCGAGCAGACGCCACUGCGGGAGAACGAUGUCGUGUCCAUCUCCGCGGCCGGCUGGGGCGGCGUCAACUCUCACGUCGUCCUCACGCCCGCUCCUGCCCGUUUGCUGAAAACAUCCAGCCUCCGACCCCAAGCCGACAAGUACCAGAGGCAGCAGCUACGCGCUCCGCGGAUUAAGCCCGAGCGCGUAAACGAUGAGGUCUUGGUUCGUGCAACUGCGGCUAUCAUCUCGCGGUGUGCGUCUGACGUCUUUGAGCGGGAUGUGCGGCCACACGAGAACCUGUACGAGGUGGGCCUCGAUAGCAAGACUUAUGUCUCGCUGACCGGCUCCGUUGCAAAGAUGCUGGAGACCGAUCGGUCAAUUGGCAUCGCCGGCCUGGUUCUCCCAGACUGCACUCCCACCAAUCUCGCCCGUCUCUACGUUGACCAACUCGCCUCCACCAGCAGUAACCACGGGCUCCUCCCAUCUUCAUCGUCUGCGCCUUCCACCUCCGGCUCUCCGUCUUCGCAACCAACAUCCACUAUCGCAGCGGACUCCAUGUCCGAGCCCGAGCCUUCAUCACCGGAAUCGUCGGGAGCUAUUUCUACCUCUUUGAACGCUUCACUGCCCUCAAACCCCGCGUGUGAGGCACCACUGUCAGAGAGCUAG